AUGACAAUGAAAUGGAUGCAAGGGGUGGUGAUCUGCCUGGUGGUGAUUGUGACGUCACUAGCUGUGUUACUGUCCAGCCCCCUCCGAAAAAACAUGACGUUACUAACAAGUGUUGAUCGGAGUGGCUUCCAGGCGUGUCAGCGAGGUAGGUCGGUGGCGGAACGUCUGAGCAGCGUCCGUCUUCUAUGCUGGGUGAUGACGAUGCCCAGCAAUUUGCAGAAGAAGGCUAGAUACGUCAGAGAGACGUGGGGAAAGAGAUGUGACGUACUCCUGUUCUUCAGCUCGGUAGAAAAUAAAGCCUUGUCCGUCAUCGGCCUCAACGUUUCAGAAGGACGGCGCCAUCUUAGUGACAAAACCUUCAGUGCUUUCCGCUACGUCUAUCAACAUUAUUUCAACCAGGCAGAUUGGUUUCUAAAGGCGGACGAUGACACAUAUGUCAUCGUUGACAAUCUCAAGUAUUACCUGUCCAAGUUUGAUAAGAAUCGGGGACUAUAUUUCGGAGCUACUUUUUCGAGAAUCACACCCCAAGGAUACAACAGCGGAGGUGCCGGUUAUGUGUUGAGUAAAGAGGCUUUGAAAAGAUUUGGUGAGCGUGGAAGGAAUCAGACGGCGUGUCCAUAUCACAGGGGCAUUGAGGACGUGGCUAUGGGGCACUGCAUGUACAACUUGGGGGUCAAGCUGGUCAACACGCUGGAUGAGAAGAAUAGGACCCGGUUCCACGCCUACCACCCCCUCACCCACAUGGAAGCUGGGGACAAAUACCUGAACUCCGUGUCUGCCUAUGGCUACAGAACUGGAGCGAUGAACAUCAGUGAUCUUCCCCUGACGUUUCACUACAUUCAAGGCCGUAACAUGAAGGCGGUUGAGUUCUACUUAUACCAUGUCCACCAUGUUGGCGAUGGAGGGACAGUCUUAACUUAG